CAGAGAACCCCCCUGUCCCGCGUGGGCUGUGCCCGGGCCGUGUCAGGGAAUACGGCCCCUCGCUAGGUCCCCAGCAGCGAGCGAAGCAGCAGGCUCGAUGGGCUUGGGGAGGGGACGCUCAGCAAGUGGCGGGUUGGCCGGCGAGCCCCGGUAACGCCCCGCAGCCCGGGCUGGCAGACAGGUCCGAUCACACACGUUGCCUUCAAUCACUAGCAUGAAGCUGCGUCACGUGAGAUGUUAAAACCCGAACUGAACAAUGGAGAGUGGCUCUGGCGCUGGGGAUUAGCUGUGCCAACCCUCUGAAACGGCCCCCAGCACAGCAUAGGCUGGCCGCUGAGACAGCUCAGAGUUUUUACUCUAGGCAAAUGAUAAAGCCAGACGUAUUUACUACGUUAAUAAAUACAAGUAGCAGCUGGUGCCGUAUGAAUGGAGGUGGAGUUUUACAGAACACUUGGAUCCCUAUGUGUAAUGAAUGUCCUUAUUGAAAUGCGUAGGAGCAUGUGGGCAGAGGUAGCGUUGCAUAUAUGAAUUUUCAAAAACCAAGGACAGUUCAGUAAGUUUAGAGAAGAAAAGAGUCCUCGGGGUGUAACCUGGACUGUGGGACCUCUGAGCCCUCCAAACCCAACAACCUGGGGUGUCUCUAUCACACUGUGAUGCUGUGACAAGCUACAAACCUCUGACAGGCUGGGGCACUGGAUUUGCUAAAGGAGCUUAAGAAUAUACCUAUGACCCUUGAGUUGUUACAGAUGUUUCAGUUUUGGAGCAGGAGGAAGAGGGGAAAUUGGAAAAAUAUCCCUCUACAUGGAUAGACCCCUGAAUAACUUGGGAGUAUAUUAAAUCCACGAGAAUUGGUAUGUCAGUGAAUGCAAUACGCAAGCAAAGCACAGAUGAAGAGGUUACAUCUUUAGCAAAAUCUCUCAUCAAGUCUUGGAAGAAGCUGUUAGAUGGACCGUCAACUGAUAAAGACUCUGAAGACAAGAAAAAGGAACCUGCAUCUUCAUCACAAAACAGUCCUGAAGCAAGAGAAGAAAGCAGUUCCAGUAGCAACUCCAGCAUCAGGAAAGAGGAGGCUAAUGCUUCAUCUGAUUCCUUCAUCCCUUCUUUUCCUCGGGCUCCAAGUACUUCAGAUUCUGUACGAGUGAAAUGUAGAGAAAUGCUGGCUGCUGCUCUCAAAACAGGGGAUGACUACAUUGCUAUUGGUGCUGAUGAGGAAGAGCUGGGAUCUCAGAUUGAAGAAGCUAUAUAUCAAGAAUUGAAAAACACUGACAUGAAAUACAAAAAUAGGGUACGAAGUAGAAUAGCAAAUCUCAAGGACACAAAGAACCCUAAUCUAAGAAAAAAUGUAUUAUGUGGGAACAUACCUCCAGACAGGUUUGCCAAAAUGACAGCAGAGGAGAUGGCAAGUGAUGAGCUGAAAGAGAUGCGCAAAAAUCUGACCAAAGAAGCUAUCAGAGAGCACCAGAUGGCUAAGACAGGAGGCACCCAGACUGACCUGUUUACAUGUGGCAAAUGUAAAAAGAAGAAUUGCACUUACACACAGGUUCAAACCCGCAGUGCUGAUGAACCUAUGACAACAUUUGUUGUCUGUAAUGAAUGUGGAAACAGAUGGAAGUUCUGUUAGAAGAAACAACUGUCAAGACACCUGGACCAAUAUGAAAGAGGAUUUUGUAAUUAGUUUUAAGAACUAGGCCAGGCAUGUAGGUUCCUGCAAACAAGAAACUUUUUUUUUUUUUUAAAGCAGCAUACAUCCCUGGAGUUAACCUUUGGUUUUUGACACAACUUCCUUAAAUGCUUUCCUAUAGUUAAUAGUCAGUAGGGCCCGGAUGCUCAAUUGUAUGGUGUAUGUUUAAAAUAUUUUUUCAUUUUUAUAAGUAAGUUGACAUUAAACUUUUAUCAAUAAACUUUUGGUAACUGAAUUGUUUUUCUUAACUAUGUGAACAAUGUACUGUAUAUUUUUUUACAGUCUGAAACAUACCCACCAGACACAUUUUACCUCUCAACUAUGUUAAAAAUGUAUGAAUGAAAUUUGUAUUGGUUUCUUAUUGGCAUAUUCCUACUAAUUUUUGGGGAGGAAGGACAACUAACUUCAUUUUAAUUAUACCAAAUCUGCUGUGGUAUCUAAAUUGCAACUUGUUGGCUCUGUCUGGUUUGUACAUACCAUUUAUGAAUUAAUGCUUAAAUUCUGAUCAUGAAGUUUGGAACUUUGUUAAUGGAUCUAUUGACCUCUCUGUUGCAAUGCUUGGAUAAGUUUGCUUAUGUAACCAGCAUUGAUCAGUCCAAUUUAUUGUAUUGCCCUAAAGCCUGUACAUUACUACCACUAGAUUUUAUUUCUGGAGAAAUGACUUAAAUAGUUUGUUUAAAUUUGA